AUGGAAAGAAAACGCCAAGAUGAUGCUGCAACAACGCCGCCGUGCUACAUGGGCGCUCUUCCACCAACCCGUCCCUCAACAAGCGAGAAGGCAUCGAUUAGUCCGAUCUUGGAGGCGGUUGACCGAUACAAGAGAGGCCAAUUCGUCCCCGGCGGCCGCUUACUGAAAUUUCACAUUAGUGAGCUCGAAUAUCAAGAAUUGGAGGAAAAGCUUUCUGAAGACCUGUUCUUCAAGGCUAAGAUCUCGCGCGACUACUUUCCUUCACUACGCCUCUUCGUCCUUCGAAUACCGUCGGAUAUUCACGAACGCUUCCUUGUGAGGCUUCACGAUGAAAUUCGACACCAACUGCGGAACCUCGAGGGACCCUCGUCAAGCUUUGCUCAGGAGAUUGAAUUCAUUGCCUCAACCACCUUCAAUCCCACAAGAAAAGGGCUUGGGGUACACGAUCCGGAUGGUUCAUUUCGCCAUAGGUCACAACGUUUCCCUGGCGUAGUGACGGAGGUCGCAUAUUCACAAGACCACAAAAAACUACCACAUCUAGCGGACGAGUACAUCCUGGGCUCGAAUUUGCGCGUUCGUGCCUUGCUUGGCUUCGACAUCCAGUACAAGAGAAAGCAGGCCUUGGUUUCGGUCUGGCGUCCACAUGCGGUGCAACGAGAUGACAGGGAGGUGUGGGCCACUGCGGCUGAGACCCAGGUGUUUCGAGACGACAACGGAGAGCCAAAUCUUGAUCCACAUGCUGGACUACGUGUCAGCCUACGGGACUUUGCGAGUGUCGAGUUUUGCAAGAAGUUCGAGAACCUGGAGGGGUCAAUUUUUAUUUCAUGCGCCACUCUCUGCACCUUCCUAAACGAAGCCGAGGCCAAGAUUGAUGACGAGUCAGAGUCAGAGCCUGACCUCGAACUCGAGUUUCAUGCAUCAUCAUCGGAAGAGGAACUCAACACCGACGACGAGAGAGAUAUGGUUCGGGCAGAGAAACAUGCGGAGGAGAAAGCUGACCGAGCCGAUCCCUCUUUCAAAUAG